AGUGUGCUUCUCUGUUUCCGGGUAGCAGCUGAAGUUGUUUUGGAGGAGCAAUGACUGCCGACCCGGCGUCGUCUCUCCGGAUGUCGGAGAUCGAGGACCCGGUGGUCCUGUUCGAGCGCUACUGCACCGAGGACAUCCGCGGCAUCGAGCGUAAAGUCCGCGGCGAGAUCGAACAAAAGAAGGAGGAACUGAGGCAGAUGGUGGGGGAGCGCUACCGGGACUUGAUUGACGCCGCAGACACCAUCGGAGAGAUGAGGCAGAGUUCAGGGAGUGUUGUCCAGUCCAUCCAGGACAUGUACCAGUACUGCCACCGGCUGAAACAAGCCAAAGCCCUCGUGAACAGCCCAAAUCCGGAGAGGCAGUGGCAGGACAAGUUCUACACCAUGGCUUCUCAGAUCAAGCUCCUGUUGGAGAUUCCCGAGCGCAUCUGGAGUGCAAUGGAGGCCUCCCAGUACCUUCAGGCAACUCGUCUCUACCUACUGUGUUGCCAUCUGCACAGUCUCCUUCAGGUGGAAGCUGCCACAGGGGGUCACUACAGUCCUGCCCUGGCCCGCUUCCCCAUCCUUGUCCGACAAGUAGCCACAACCAGUCACUUUAGGUCCACCAUUCUUUUAGACAGCAAGUCUAUGCUGCGGGGACGGGCAGUGUCUGACCAGGCUAUAGCCGAGGCCCUCCUGUCCACGAUGCUUCUGGAGGACAGCUCGCCGCGCCAGGCACUUGCUGAUUUCUUGUUAGCGCGGAAGGCCUCCAUCCAUCAGUUGCUCAACCAGCCACAACAUGGUGCAGGUAUCAAGGCCCAAGUGUGUAGCCUUGUGGAAUUGCUGGUGACCACGUUGUUUCAAGCCUAUGCUGUUUUCUAUAUGCACCCUGAGGGGGGGCCCAGGCCAGGUGAAGCAACCCUCAGCUGUGGCCUACUGUUUUCCAUCCUGGAAAAGGUCACCUCCUCUGCACCUGCAGCUAAACGCAAGCACGUGCUUCAGGAAGACACAAGUACAGGCAGCUGGUUCAAGUACCUGCCCUCCUCCGUCACAGAGUUCCAGCCUACACUUCGUACCCUGGCACAGCCAAUCCAGAGAGAGCAGCUGCGGGACACUUUACAACAGUGGAUUGAUACAUGCAAGGAGGACAUCUGCCAUGGUGUAGGUAGCCUUCUGGUCUAUGUGAAGAGCCUGAAAGGACUGGCAGCCAUUAGAGACGCUGUUUGGGACCUCCUCUCCGCCGACUCCAUCAAUCAGCACUGGAACACAGUGUGUCAGCGGCUGCUCGAGCGCCGCCUGACCAUCUGGGAUGACUUCCUGCAACAGCUCUUCCUUCAGCGCUUACAGGCUAUCACCAAAGAAGAAACUGAAACCAUCUCAAUGAGUUUGGUGCAGCUCCUCACCUCUGCUGUGAGAGAUUUUGAGGGACAGACCGCCAAUAGCCGGGCGGCCCAGUAUGAAGAAGACGUGUCUUCCUAUUUGUGGUCAGAGUCUCCAGGGGACCUGUUGGGUGAUGCAGGUUGGGUCACUGUGGCCCAGAGAAGGCAGCAAGCGCAAAGAAGUGGUCUAGCCAUGAAGACCCAGGCGCUGACACCUUGCGUUCAAAACUUUUGCUCUUCCAUGGACGCCAAGCUGAAAGCACGGCUCGAUGACCUCCAGCACUACCUUCCUUCCCGGGAUGCAGGCUCUGACUCCAUAUCAGUUUCAAUGCCAUCAUUAGGACCUACUGAAGGUUCAUCAGCAUCCUCCUUCAACCGCUUCACAGACACGCCGGCCGUGGAGGAGUCUUUACGAGAAGGCUCCCUAGCCUGCGUUCACCACAUUCUCUCUGCCAUCCGUUCCGAAUUAGCUACAACUUCACCAGAUCCCAGCCCAGCCAGCCUGAGUUCCGUCCUUUUCAUGGCAAGGCUGUGUCAGUCCAUGGGGGAACUGUGUCCCAAUCUGAAACACUGCAUUUUGGGACAACAGCGAGAGUGCGAGGCCAUGGCCAAAGUCACCCCGAGGCAAAGCAAGAAGUUGGGCAGAGCAAAGGUGGCCACACAGGUCAGUGCUGCUCAGGCCAAGUGGGCAGAACUGAAGGAGGAGCUUCACAAGUGCAGUAUGGAGGCCUAUCGCAUCUGGAGCUCCGCUCUCUCAAAGAGGUUGCUGGAGGAGUUUGGAACAGCUCUUCAUGCAGAUUCUGCUGGUGCCAUCUUGACAAAUGCAACAAACUGGGAAGAACUUGAGAUCCAAGAAGAGGCCGAGUCGGGGAGCAGUGUUAUAUCCAAAAUUCGUCUUCCUGUCCAGCCAUCUUUGUUUGUCCAGUCACUGCUUUUCCAGCUGUGUGUUGAAGUGAACAAGGUGGGUGGUCAUGCUGUACCACAACCCACCCUGCAGGAGCUUCUGCAAGCCUGUUUGGAUCAAGCCUUGCAGCAUUACCACAGUCUCACUCAGCGAGCACCCAGGGAAGGUGCAUUUCCAAUGACUCAGAACAGAGCAUUGCAGAUGAUUUUUGACCUUCGGUAUCUUAACACCGCUUUGUCUGCCAAAAUGGAAGAAGGCAAGAGCUGCAGAUCCCAUCAAGACCACAGGAUGCAAGAGGUCUGUGAUUGGCUGGAGAGCCACAUUGACCCUUUUGACCUGGAUGUGUUCACACCGCCACUGAAUGCAAACCUCAAUCGGUUGUCCCAAAGAACAUCGGUGCUAUUUGGGCUGGUGACUGGCUCAGAGAAGCAGUUUGCCUCGCGGAGCAGCAGCGUCAACUCUCAGGAGCCUUACAACAUCCUUCCUCUGUCCAACAGUCAAAUCAGGUUUGAGUUGUUGCCUCUCAGCAUGUCUAAUGUGCGUAAAUCGAAGUUGCCCAACAAAUGCUCCAGUGCCCCACACCAGUUGCCUACUUCAUCCUCGUCAGUAGACAGUCAGGAAAGCUUCCGGCCAGGCAGCCUCUUCCGACAGAUGGCAGAAGAAGAGGACACAACCUCUCAAUCUUUAUUUAAACUCAGUUGGCUAUCUGGCAUGACCAAAUGACAUCUUACUAUACAAAGCUUUUAUUCUGACUCUGUAAUCGCUAAAGAAAAAGUGUAAAGUUCAGUAAAUACAAUUGUUCUUUGGAGAGAAGUGUGUAUUCUUAUUACGCUUGAUCAUAAGGAUUAUUAUGCUUUUUUUUUUCUCAAUACAGGCAGCAUUGUCCACAAAGUAGCAGAUAGAGCAAAAUUAUUUAAUAAUUAAAAUUUCACCUUGGAAAAUUA